UUUUGAAAAGACAGCGGAACUUGGACAGGUUCGACAUGUUCUGUGGCCCAAAAAAAAUAAAAGGGGAAGAAAAAAAACGGCGAGAAAGGCUGCCGAGUGAGGAGGCUCGACAAUGACGACCCACGACGCGAAGUCCGAAACGAACCCAAGCGGACUUGUCCAGCACCGACGUUCCGGAGCAUGCGUCCGUGCGCCAGCCACGGGGAGACGGAACAGACGGAGCACGGUGAUAUAACCUGACCACCUGCGGAGUUUUGUUGCUUUGAAUCAUCGCGCAAGUACAGUCCGCGCAGGUCCGCACCGAUCCAAGGAUGCCUUUCUGCAAGCGUGCGGUCCUGCCGAGGGAUUUGUGCAAGCCCGGCGUCGGCGUCAAGACGUCGGAGCUGUUCGCGGACCUGGCCGACGUGUGCGCCUUCACGCUGGCCUCGGUGCUCCGCCAACUUUCGGACCUGUCCCGACACUCGCUGGGCGUCCUGGAGGAGCUGGAGGGCGAGCUGGCGUCCGUGUGCCGCAGAUCCGGCGCGCUGGAGGGCAGACUGGGCCGGGUGGUCGACAUUCUCCGCAAAAGCCCGCACACAGCCACCGUAGGACUCGAGGCGGAGAGCGUCAGGCGCGGAGGCAGCAGCAGUCGCAGCCGCAGCGACGGAGGCAACCACCACCACAACCACGCCGGAGGAGGACGGCGAGGAAGCGGCGAGCACGGCAACGGCGCGGUCCACUCCAGGUCUCCAUGGCAACAGAGCGUGAACGUGUUUGGCUCCUGGAGCAGACCCGAGUGUGUCGAAGAGCUCCACCAGCAGGCGCAGCUUAACCUCCAGAGCCUGCUGCAAGGUACGGACAGACUGCCGGGGCGGAUGGACGCGCGGAGAAUGGAGAAGGAGCGAGCACGAUUUGACGGAUGGAAGGAAUCUGAUGCUAACACAUGCUGCGUUGCUUUGCUGUCGCUGUGUGCAGACUUUGAGGAGCAGCUGUGCGACGGCAAGCCGCCAGGUCAGACGUUCCGCCAUCCGCCCUCGCAGAACUCCGACGACGCCUCGCUCGGCUCCCCCGGCAACAAGCGGCCCGACUUCAUCUUUCUGCCGGCGUCCAAGCAGCUCUACGAAGAUGAGACCGCCAGCUCGGUCUUCGGACUGAGGUCCCUGGCCAGCCCGUCUCCCUCGUCUUCUCCGUCCCCCCGCGAGUCCGAUUGCCCCCCGUCGGGCUGGAGCGCCGGACCGCCCGUCGCAGAGAAACCUCGCUGGCACCUUGGCAGACGCACGGCAGCUCCAAUCACAGCAAGUGAAGGAGGAGGUAAAUUCCAUGGUGUGGACCUCCUGCAGCACUCUGUCUCCCCAUCCCCCUCUCCAGUGGAGCACUUCCACCAGCCCCGCUCCCUGGAGCCUGUCACGGACACCCCUCACCAGAACAUCACCCUGAGGAAGAUAUACUCCAACCUCGAGACCGCCUCGCCUUCAGAUAUCAUCCUGGACCAACCAGGAACCAUGGACCACUCUGGCCUGCUUUGCUCCAACACUCCCUCCAGCACCUGGAACGGACCGAAAGGCUCCACCUUCUCUCCCGAGGCUUGGAACGAGCCUUACAAUUAUAUUGCCAAGAAAGGCCCGGCAGUUCCGCCCAAACAACACAGUGUCAUCGGUCACACGGGAGGUGGGGCUCAGGAAGGCCUGAUGUUAGUGAGCAACUCGCAGUCUGUUUCCUUCUCUACCAUGUCGGACACUUCUGGGAGACAGAGGUACAACGUGCCAGGGAUGGAGAGGAGGAGUGAGACGGAGGGGGCCACGGCGGACGGCGGGAGAGGUGGGGCUGGUGGCGUUGAGACGGGGAGGGGCAGGGGCAGGGGGAUGUCCGCGCGCUCCUUAGCUGCGGCGAAUGCGUUCAAGUUCCGGGAACGUUCUCUCUCCACACCCACAGACUCUGGCUCCUUUUGCUUUACUGAGAUUGGCACAGAGCAACCAGAUGGGACUCUUUCAUCCACAGGGAAUGGGAAUGUGACAUCUUCAGAGCACCAGUGGCAGCAUCAUAACUUUUUGGGUCUCGGUGAGAAUUACGCUCUCCUUUAUCCCAGAGGGAGCUCAGAAGACAGUGCCAGUACCACCGACACAAUCUCUGUUUCUGCGUCGGACUACACUGCUGAAGGACGCUUGUGCCUGCGCUCGCGGUCCAUCUCGCUCAAGAAGUCCAAGCGCAAGCCACCGCCUCCAGUGAGGAGCGUCUCUCUCAUGAAGAACCUCGACCAGGCUAAGGGAAGGAUCCACCACGAGGGCGGUCUGCAUCGGGAUGGACGGCCAAAGAGCCUGCACAUCCCCAGGGACCACUUCCCCGACUUUCAGCCCGAUUUCCUUUUGCCCACCUCCAGAUCAGGGGAGCUCGGCCAGGGAGGCUGCGCCGGACCUCCCGACCUGGAGGUCCAUGCGCCAGAAAGGGAGGCAGAAGCAACUUUCCCCUCUCACUGGCAGCUGGGAGAGUGGAAGAGCAAUGACCCCUACAGGUCUUUAUCGGGCUCCAGCACUGCAACGGGUACGACUGUGAUUGAAUGUAUGAAAGUCAAAGGCAGUUCAGAGUCGCUGCUCAACUCGCCCGCCACCUCCAGAGCCACGUCACCCUCGCACCUCCUUACGGAAACGGAUGUCAAGCCCGCUUCGCCCUUCAAACCCCCUGGACUCAUGUCUCCGUCAAGUGGCUAUUCCAGUCAGUCGGAAACUCCCACCCCUACCGUGCCGCUCAGUCAGGCAGCAGGUGCGGGGGGAGUGGGCUCAUCUGGGACAAUGGGAUGUAAGUUGCGGCCAAAGAUUCCCGAAAGAAAAUCUUCGCUACCGUCGCCGAAGGAUCCUGUUGCCAGGUCCAGAUUAUCCUUCGAGAUGCCAGGGAAUGCCCAUCUGGAGCUGUCGUCAAUCAAGCCAAAGCAAAAGGCCAGCAGGCGGCAUUCGGACACGUCCACGUCCGCAAAACCUGGAAAAAUUAGCCCCAACUCUUCGCAGGUCCUCCCGAUGGUCACCCAGAACGAGCUGAAAACAAUUCGGCUUCGUUCGGUCUCGCGAGGCGAUCUCGAGGACUGCCCGGACGGUGCGUCGGACACCAUCGAGGAAGAACGGCAGUGCAGAGACUUCGAAGAUGACGCCAGCCCGCCUCCUACCCUACCUAAACCCAAGCCGCCCGUUUCUGUCAAACCCCCUCUUCCAAAACGGCCCCUUAACCUGCGUCUGAAGUCCCAGUCCUCCACGCCCACCCUCACCCUGGACUCGCCCCCAGCGUCGCCCGUGGACCGCCGCGUUCCCCUGGGCAACAUUUACAAAGUCAUGAAGAAACCCAAACCCAAAAAAGCUCAGUCACAAAGUCUUUCAAAUCCAUCCGUGAUCCAAGAUUAUAAUUCCAUGUCCACCCCACACGCCACCUAUAACCAGUGCCUCUUUGACCUCCCGCCCCUUCCAGACCCCCAGCCUCUCCUGGAGGAUCCCAUGUCAGAGCCGGAAUUUGAUGCCGGCCUUCAACUCGGGCCAGAGGACGGCGGCUCGCUCCCUUCUCCUUGCAGUAAUCAGGAGGCCCUGGAAUUCCAGGACAAGAGCAAGACCCUUCCUUCAAGAAUGACAAUCUCCUGUCUGGCAGAGCUCUCUGACAAAAAGAAACCCAAGGUUCCACCCCCAGUGCCCAAGAAACCAAACGUCCUUCUUCUUCUUACUUCCUCCGCCCACUCCUCAACAAACAGCGGGACAGACCGCCAGACCACACCGACCGACAGCCCGGUGGGCCUUCCGUCGCCCGGAGAUCCUUUCCCCCCAGAAAACAUUCCCAUAAGUCCUGAAAUGUCAACACGAGAUGAGAAUCACUUGGGAGCAGACGCUUUGACGGAGUCUUCACUUCACUCUUCCCAGCUGGAUUCCUCCCUAGCGGAGCUGGAAGAGAAAAGGGCCGCCACGGGGAUUGAGCCAGAUGAUGGCGUGGCCAGUGACAAAACGGUGCUUCACAUUGUGGAGGAAACGGAUGAAGACUUCCUGGCCAGCACGCCUGCAACACACACCACCGAAGACCUGUUCACCAUCAUACACAGGUCCAAGCGAAAGGUUCUGGGUCGCAAGGAGCCUUCCGAUUCCUUCGGAAGCCGCCAGAGUCUGACGUCUCCGGUCAAGCAGAUGAACCCCACCACGGGCGGCGGCCAGAGGUCCAGCUCCCGCAACGAGAACUUCAUGGCCCUGCUGCAGAAGAAGGGCAGCAAGUCUUCCAGCGUGGGGACCAGGGUGUCCGCUGCCGAACUUCUCAAAAGCACAAACCCCUUGGCGCGACGUGCCCCCGAGCUCUCCGGUGAGGGGGGAGAGGUCCAAUCUGGCCAAGGCAAAGUCAACGAUCAGUGAGGUCGUUCCAGUGCGGAUGAGCUUGCAGCCAACAGCUUGGCUCCAACCGCUGGCUGACCAUUUGCACCGUCCAAUCGCGUCAUAGCGCACUUUUGGACAAAAUGGUCCCCGGCUUGGUUGGAGCCGUGUCGUUCUCCGUCGAAGCUCCGGAAGAGCGCGGAACAGCAGAAAGGGAAUCCAGCGACUUCCUCGGUCGGCAUGCCGGAUGGACAAGUGUACUGAAAAGGGAUGUACAAACAUCACCAAUAGAAGGGUACGCGUUGAUUAUCUUUUCUCCCUGAUACCAAGUAAGAUUCUACUUGGACACGCCCACAAAUCAACUAAAGCACUUUUCUUCAAUGUCAAGAGGGAGCCGACCUUUCUUUCCCCCUCCCACCCUACACACACUUUGUUCAGUGUCUUCUGUGCCAGUAGGACAUACACUAUUAUGUACAGUGUGUUGUGUACAAAGAACAUCUCCAGACAACAAACAAGACACUCCACAUGUGAUGGACACACACAAAGAACAGAAAGGUCUGCACGAGCCUGUGUGCGUGUGAGCGUGUGUUGGCAUGAGUACGUGUGCGCACAAAUCAUCAUCAUGCCUGCGGAGUUUCUGCAUGGAGAGCAUGAAGCAGGCUUGGGGCGGGGGUUUCUUUUUCUGCUUGUCGUUUUGGUCUCCAGUGACGGGAACAAAGGAUAAACACACCAAACAAACCAGAGGGGACCUUUCAGUGUGCGCUUGGGUGCGUGCGAGCCCGAGAGACUGAGAGAGAGAGUUUUAGCGCGAGAGAGUGUGAGUGCUCUAUUUUCGUAGACGGCGCAACUGUCGAUGGGUUCUGAAGUCCUGAUGCAAGGUAAACUGCCGGUCUAAUGCGAUUUUGGUGAACUGCUCAGGGCGCAGGCAGACAGACACUGAGCUCCGCGGACAUAUUUAAGUAGCCAGCGGUUAUCACCAGCUCAUUCUGUAUUUAAUAAGGAUAUCCGCUCACAUUGUCUGUUCCCACACCGCGGUCAGAGCAGUGACACUGCUCCACUCACGCGCGGAUCGCUGCGAUUACGAACAGUCUUCCGACGCUCGGAGAACGGCGCCGUGUCUCCGUCGAGACUGUCAGUUGCGUCGCAUUUAAAGGGAAUGAGGGAAGCUGCUUUGAUUGGCGGCGAGUGAUGUCAGCUGUAAACGUUCCCGCAGCAGCCCAGCCCGCCCACACUCAGAUCCGCCAUUCUAUUCCAUCUCCGGUACAGAGUUGCGCCGCCAGCCGCGCAGGAUUUACACCGGUCAGGAAAAUAGAGCCCUGAGUGUGUGUAGUGUGUGUGUGUGUGUGUGUGUGUGUGUGUGUGUGUGUGUGUGUGUGUGUGUGUGUGUGAGAGAAGGAUUUUGGUAAGAAAGCUUGAAAGAAUGCAUGUGUGUGUGUGGACCAACGCGCGUUUCCCCAAAAGGGAAAAGCCAAGGUCCUUUUGGAGAACCGGGCCCACCUCUCGUGUCGAUCGCUUCUUGACCCCCGAUUGGCUGCCCCAGUGCAUGCAAUUUGUCCGCAACGGCACAAAUGGGGGUGCGUGAAGGUUGCAUCACAGGAUGGACUGACUUCCUCGAGGCAUCCUCUGUGUGCGCCACUGUGUCAGAGCUCCCUCUGGUGGCAGGAGGAUGCGGCGCCACACACUCUUCUCUUAAGUCAGCCAUCAUCGUGACGUAAAUCGCUGCUUAUGACCACUCCUCAAAUGAUGCUUUCUUUUUCAAUAUUUAGUGGAUAAAAAAAUCUUGUACAACUGUAUUUGUUUGCCUUGUAUAUCAAGGAUCGGCUGCCUUAUUGCAGCACUCUUUUUAAACGUUGUUUCGUUUGUGGACCUGCAAAGCAGAAGUUGGAGCAGCAAUGUUGACAAAAGCUUUCUGAUACGAUCAGGAAAGAUUCCCAUCGAUUCAUUCCCUUGACUAUACAGUAAGCGGACGCAUACUUUGCGCCAUGUUAAGAUGGCCUCUCUUCACUCUGUGCGUGUCAUGCUUCAGAUAAUCUUAGAGCGAGGUUGUGCCGUCCGUCGAUUUGUGUACUUUUGAGUUCUAGGUCGUUUGACGCGAGCAUGCUGCGCACAACUCAAGCUGAUGACGCCUUGUUGUAAGAUCCUCCUGUCCUCCAUCCAACCGCUAGAUGCGGCAAAAUAGCACCCAAUAACCAGUUGGGGGUCGAGCUUCGAGCAACAAAAGACAAAAGAGACAGAACAUUUAUUGGAGUUCUAUUUUUUAUUAUUCCUUAUGAGAAAAAAAGACAUAUUUAAAGGAAUAUUCCAUGUAUGUAUUAAAUGCCCUCAUGGCCCAUCCAGUGGUUUGGUGUGUAGCUGCCCGGAUAAGCGCCACAUUCCAACACGCCAGUGCCCAUGAAGUGAUUCUAUCAUAAAUAAAUUAUUUUUCUUGCGUAAAAACAA